AUAAUAUUCUGAUCAUCAAAAUUGUGAAGAAUAACUUCACAGCGAUUUCUCUAUAUAAAAGCACAUAUCAUUUCCAGUUACCAUACCAUAUUCUCUUUUCAUUGUUUUGGACUUUCAUUUGUUCCUUUUAAUGGACAAAUCUACAACAAUGGCGACUGCUGAACAGAAAGAGAAGCCGCACGUUGCGUUCCUCCCAAGCCCUGGCAUGGGACACAUCAUUCCACUCUUUGAGUUCGCCAAACGCCUAGUAAUCAACCACGGCUUCCACGUCAGCUUCUUCGUCAUCACUACCGGAGCUUCCGCCGCACAAAAUGAACUUUUCCGAUCAGAUAACCUUCCCACCGGUUUCCAUGCCGUCGAAAUCCCGCCGGUGGAAAACAUCUCUUCAUUUUUCACCGACGAUAUGAGAGUAGUCACCCGACUCUCUAUCAUAGUCCGCGAAUCACUCAAACAAUACCUCUCCUCACUUCUAAUAACACAUCGCCCAAAAGCUUUGAUCAUUGAUUUGUUCUGUACUGACGCUUUUGAGAUUUGCAAAGAGGUUUCAAUUCCUGUUUACUCUUUCUUCACUGCCUCUACUCUUUUGAUGGCUUUCUCUUUGUAUCUUCCAACACUUGACCGGGAAGUCAACGGCGAGUUCGUUGACCUUCCCGAACCUAUUCAAACUCCUGGAUGCAAUCCAAUAUGCCCUCACGACCUCCUAGACCAGGUAAAAGACAGGAAAAACGAUGAGUACAAAUGGUAUUUACUUCACGUCAGCAGAAUACCAUUGGCCGCCGGAAUAUUUGUCAACAGUUGGGAUGAUCUUGAACCAGUGACCCUUGAAGCUCUUAAAGAAAAUUCAUUUUUCCAAAAUAUACCUAUUCCGCCUGUUCAUACUCUAGGGCCAUUGAUCAAACAAGAUGAAGUCGUUACAGAAAAGGAUGCUGAGAUUUUGACGUGGUUGGAUAAUCAGCCGUCUGAUUCUGUUCUGUUUGUGGUGUUUGGUAGUGGCGGCACCUUGACAAGUGAACAACUUACUGAAUUAGCUUGGGGUCUUGAAAUGAGUCACCAAAGGUUCAUCUUAGUGGCCCGUAAACCAAGUGAUGCAAGUGCCUCGGCAGCAUAUUUCAACGUGGGCAGCGAUGAAAAUGAUCCAUUGAUGUACUUGCCGGAAGGAUUUGCGAAGAAAACUGAGGGAAGGGGUUUGGUAGUGCCUUCUUGGGCCCCACAAGUAGCAAUUCUAAAUCACCCAUCUACCGGAGCAUUUCUUUCGCACUGUGGAUGGAAUUCGACUUUAGAGAGCGUAGUCCACGGCGUGCCGAUGAUUGCAUGGCCCCUUUACGCGGAGCAGAGGAUGAACGCCGCCUUUUUAGCGGAGGAGGUCGGCGUGACAAUGAAAUUUCCGGUAGCCCCCGGCGAAGAGCUGAUAAGCCGAAAGGAGAUUGAAAAGAUGGUGAGAAUUGUAAUGGAAGGGGAGAAAGGCAUGGCUAUGAGACGUAGAGCACAAGAGCUCAAAGAAAGUGCGAAAAUUGCACUUCACAAUGGGGGCUCCUCUGAUGAUUCGCUUUGUCGUGUUGUUCAGUUUUGGAAAUCUGAUCAGUCAUUGUGUAGCUGAAAAAAGACGUGUGCGAAAUUAUUUUGACUGUUUUGGUGCUUCUACGUGUUUUGACUAGUCAAUCAAAUGAAUAAAAUCUAUGAUGCUUCCUUUAAA